CGUCCGCGUUUAAGGCGCAUGCGGUCAUACGCAAAACGGACGCGUGCGCACUGCAGGCAGACCGGCCCGUGACGUGUUUACAAAUGGCGGCGCCCGUGCGGUGAAUAAAAUCAGAUCAACGACCAGAAUCAGUGAUCUAUGGUCCUGACUAUCUUCGAUAGGGCAGAGCUGCACAAAAGGAGUUACACUGGACCAUGUGCAUAUGUGGAAAUCUUGAAUGUGCCAUCCAUGCAAGUAUAAAUGCAGUCUCGCUGAUGUGAAGUUGACGAUUUUGACACUUUCCUAGUCAAGUUGCUGAUACUAUGCUGAUUGCCUGAUUUCUAUAGGAAACAGCAUGACUGCGAAAGCCACAACAGAGCUGCUGAAGCAGCUGAGGCAGGUGAUGAAGAGCGCCAAGUACACGAGCGAACCAAUCCAAGCCCUGAUUGUGCCAUCAGGGGACAAUCAUCAGAGUGAAUACAUUGCUCCAUGUGACUGUAGACGUGAGUUUCUUUCAGGCUUUGAUGGCUCUGCAGGUACUGCGAUUGUAACUGAGGAACAUGCAGCAAUGUGGACAGAUGGUCGUUACUUCAUUCAGGCCUCCCAGCAAAUGGAUAGCAACUGGAUCCUGAUGAAAUUGGGUCUGAAGACCACGCCCAGUCAGGAAGAUUGGCUAACACAGGUACUCCCUGAAGGGUCAAAGGUUGGUGCGGAUCCUUUUGUUCUGGCAUCUGAUCAAUGGAAAAGCCUCUCCAAAGCAUUGAGGAGUGCAGGGCACACCCUUAUGCCUGUCAAAGAAAACCUUGUCGAUGUGAUUUGGAAGGACCAGCCUAGCCGACCUUGUAAACCUUUGUUGGUUAUGGAUCUGAGUUAUACUGGUAUGUCGUGGCAAGACAAAAUUGUACAACAGCGUGCUAAGAUGGCAGAGAAAAAUGCCAGUUGGUUGGUGAUCACAGCCCUUGAUGAAAUUGCAUGGCUAUUCAACCUUCGUGGCUCUGAGAUACAAUACAAUCCGGUGUUCUUUGCCUUCACAAUCAUUGGUCUAAACUCCAUUAGACUGUUCAUCAGUGAGAUGCAUGUGGAAGACCCUGUUGUGCGAGAACAUUUGCAGCUUGACUGUGGUACAGCACCCAGUUUCAAAAUACAAGUACUCCCAUACGAAUCCAUUCUGACUGAACUACAGACUAUUUGUUCCAAUAUGACUUCUAAGGAAAAAGUCUGGAUCAGUAGCAAAGCCAGCCAUGCUCUGUGUGAAGCGAUCCCAAAGAUGUUUAGACUGCAAACUGUUUACACCCCCGUCUGCAUUGCGAAAGCUCUGAAGAAUACGACAGAAGUUGAAGGGAUGAGACGAGCUCAUAUUAAAGAUGCUGUGGCUCUCUGUGAGCUGUUUGCCUGGCUUGAGAAGGAGGUUCCAAAAGGUAACAUAACUGAACUAGAUGCUUCAGACAAAGCGGCUGAAUUCCGCAGGCAACAAGAUAAAUUUGUAGAUUUGAGUUUUUCCACCAUCUCCAGCACAGGUCCAAACAGUGCAAUAAUUCACUACAGGCCCACCCCACAUACAAACAGAACUUUAUCAAUGAGUGAAAUCUACCUUCUGGAUUCUGGUGCCCAGUACAGGGAUGGAACUACAGAUGUGACACGAACAAUGCAUUUUGGCUCUCCUACUGACUAUGAGAAGGAGUGCUUCACUUAUGUGUUGAAGGGGCAUAUCUGUUUGGGUUCAGCAAUUUUCCCAAGUGGUACCAAAGGACACCUCCUCGAUUCUUUUGCAAGAGCCACCCUUUGGGACCAUGGUUUGGAUUACCUGCAUGGAACGGGACAUGGAGUAGGAUCUUUCCUGAAUGUCCACGAGGGGCCUUGUAGCAUUAGUUACAAAACAUUUGCAGAUGAGCCUCUUGAGGCUGGAAUGAUUCUGAGUGACGAGCCUGGCUAUUAUGAAGAUGGCGAUUUUGGAAUACGGAUUGAAAGUAUUAUGCUUGUAGCUCCUGUACAAACCAAGUACCGAUAUCUGAACAGAGACAGCCUGAGUUUUGAAGCAUUGACUCUAGUUCCAAUUCAAACCAAAAUGAUUGACGUUGAGUUACUCACACAAAAAGAGCGUGAUUGGAUCAACCUCUACCAUCAGUCAUGCAGAGAAGUGAUUGGAGCGGAACUGGAGAAGCAGGGAAGACUGGAGGCUCUGCAGUGGCUCAUCAAGGAAACACAACCAAUCGCCUGAUUAACAAAAUAAAGUUUAUUAAAGGAAACACAUUUGUUUAUCAUGCACAAUAAUGCCUAUUACCUUAGCAGAGAACAGAACAUCCACAAUAUACUGACUGAAACUGCAAUGAUGUCUCCUUCAGAUUUAGUAUGUAAUUUUUACAAAUAAAAUAUUUCAUGCUUCCUAA